UAAUAAAACACAAAAGUAGUCGCUCGGCUUCUUGAGAACGUGGUCUCAUAUGGUGGGCUCUUCAUUUCUUUGACAAAAAUAAUCAUAUCUCCACUACUAUAAAACCAAAUCCUAUAAUAGUAAUCUCAAACGACAAAAAGAUAGAGAGGAAGAAAAUGACGAACGACAAGAAGAUGCUUCCAAAACGCAUCAUACUUAUGCGCCAUGGCGAGUCCGCCGGAAACAUAGACCAAGGGGCUUACGCGACCACGCCCGAUCACAAGAUCCCUCUCACGGAAGAAGGACGAGCACAGGCGCGUGAAGCCGGGAGGAAGAUGAGAGCACUGAUCUCAGCUCACAGCAGCGGAGGCGACGGCGCGUGCGGAGAGAACUGGCGCGUGUACUUCUACGUGUCACCGUACGAGAGAACGAGGACAACUCUGAGGGAAGUUGGGAAAGGGUUCUCGAGGAGGCGCGUGAUAGGAGUUAGGGAAGAGUGUAGGAUUCGGGAACAAGAUUUCGGCAACUUUCAGGUCGAAGAGAGGAUGAGAGUUGUCAAGGAGACGAGGGAACGAUUCGGAAGAUUCUUUUAUCGUUUCCCUGAGGGUGAAUCUGCUUCCGACGUCUACGAUCGUGUUUCUAGUUUCCUCGAGUCUUUAUGGAGAGACGUGGACAUGAACAGGCAUCAAGUGGAUCCAUCGAGUGAACUAAAUCUAGUGAUCGUGUCACAUGGGCUGACCUCUCGGGUGUUUCUUAUGAAAUGGUUCAAGUGGACGGUGGAAGAGUUCGAGCGAUUGAACAACUUUGGGAACUGCGAGUUCAGAGUGAUGGAGUUAGGUGCGAGUGGAGAGUACACUUUCGGGAUAUACCACUCCGAAGAAGAGAUGUUGUCUUGGGGCAUGUCGCAAGAUAUGAUUGAUGAUCAAAUGGGUCGUGUUGAUGGUUCUCGUGAAACAUCCAAUGAUUGUUGUCCAUUGCAUCUUGAUGAGUAUUUUGAUUUGUUAGAUGAGACUGAUGAUGAAUUGAAUGAUACUAACUGAUUAUAUGUGCACAUUGCUAUUGUUUGCGUCUGAAAAAAAACCCAUUUAUUGGUUG